GUUAUCACCGCAGCUCACGCUCGAGCUCAAACACAGGCGUGAUCGUCGUCGAUGCGAUACCCAAAAGGCAAGUUCUCAUUUUUCACAGGCUUAUGAGUGUCUAGACUGACUUCCACUAUCUCCUUCAGUCCUGCAGGGAAGAUUCUGCGGCGGGAGUUGCGCGAGCAGGCGAGAAAAAAAAUGGCCCAAUCACGAGCGCUAAAUGCAAAGCUGUGAACUUCGUGCUUCUUUUGGCAACGUUGCGCCCCCGACCCGGGACGAGCGCGCCCCCACAAUCGCCACGACCCCGAAUUCGCGACCAUGGUGGAGGCCUGUGUAGGACUACAUUACUCGAUCCCUAUCUGACGUUACAUAAUGUCGCUAUAAUACCUAUUGGAAUAACGCAUGCAAUCUUGUAUUCGUCUUAUCGAAGCCACGCCGACAUUCCUAUACAUUUCCUAAAUACUUCAUGCGUCGCUUUGUUCCUUAACGCCACCGACGAGUAUUUCUUCGCGAAUCUGUUUCGGUCGAGAAUCAUGUGCAUCCUAGCGGCGCACUUAUACGUGAGCAUUCCUGAAUGUCCCCUUCGCACCACACCUGCCUCUCGCCCUCCUCACCACCAUGAAGAUCUACGCUUCCCCGCAUGCUCCCGCCCCCGUGCGGGACGAGUCUAUCUACACCAACCUCGCUGUGACACGCUUUAACGAUUUCCCAGCAGAGCAACCCGCGUUCAUCGAUGCCGCGACGGGUAGGGUAAUCUCCAGAGAGGACUGGCACCAUCUCACCCACCAGAUGGCCUGGGGCCUCCGCAGCGGGUUCGCGCGACUCGGCGGCGUCGGGUCCCUCGAGCGUGGCGACGUCGCAAUGAUAUUCUCGCCGAACAGCCUCGCGUGGCCUAUCAUGCUCUUUGGUGGCUUCGCCGCGGGCCUGUGCAUGACACUCGCGAACAGCUCGUACACCCCACGCGAGCUCGAGCACCAGUGGACGGACAGCGGCGCCAAGGUUGUCUUCGUGCACCCCGCCCUGUUGCCGGUCGUCCUUGAGAUGUUCAAGAACUUGGAUUUCGACCUCACGGCCGCGAGGCGGCGAAUUAUCAUCGCGGACUGGCCAGCACGCGACCCGAUUUCCAACGACUACAUUCGCAUGCAGGACCUUCUCUAUAAGGGACGGUUCUUUAUGGAAGAGAAGUUCCCUGGUGAACUCGCAAACGAGACGGCACUCUUGUGCUACUCAUCAGGAACGACUGGAAAGCCUAAAGGUGUCAUGACUACCCACAGGAAUUUGACGGCGCUGCUACCUAUGGUUGAUAUUUCAUAUCCGAACUUGCACGAGCCGAACCCAGUCAUGCUUGGUUCUCUUCCUUUCUACCACAUCUAUGGCGUGUUCAAAUUGUUGCAUUUCCCAUUCAUACGCGGCAUACCAGUCGUGAUUAUGCAGAAGUUCGACAUUACGGACGCCUGCAAGUGGAUAGAGAAGUACAAAGUCACGCAGAUGCUCGUCGUUCCGCCGAUGUGCCUCCUAUUUACGCACCAUCCCGCGGUUGACAAGUACAACAUAUCGAGCCUGAGACUGAUGCUGUCGGGGGCUGCACCCCUUGGCGCACCGCUGGUCAUGGCCAUGUGCACUCGCUUCAAAAACGCUGGUGCGGACUUCGCCCUUAUUCAAGGCUAUGGUCUGACCGAGACGUCCCCGACGACGCACCUGCUCCCAGCUGAGGAUUUCGUCCGGAAAGUGGGAAGCGUUGGACCUCUGCUUCCAAAUCUAGAGGCUCGACUGGUCGUUGAAGAUGUCCAAGAGGCAGCUGCGGGCGAGCCAGGCGAGUUGUGGUUGCGUGGACCGAGCAUUAUGAAAGGGUACUUGAACAACCCGGAGGCGACGGCCAACUCCAUUACCCCUGACGGCUGGUUCAAGACGGGAGAUAUCGCGAUAGUGGAUGAGGAGGGUUAUUAUACUAUCGUUGACAGGCGGAAAGAGCUGAUUAAGUACAAGGGCUUCCAAGUCCCACCCGCCGAGCUGGAAAGCGUGCUUUUGGAACACCCAGAAAUCGUUGAUGUUGCUGUUAUCGGUGUAGUCGAUGAAGCUGAAGCCACUGAGCUACCAAAAGCGUACGUUGUGCACAAGACCGGUCUCCAGUUCCAUGAAGAGCAGGCCUUCGGCUUGGCCGUGCAAGAGUGGAUUAAACCCCGCGUUGCUCGUCACAAAUACCUACGCGGAGGAGUGGUGACUAUAGAAGCUAUACCCAAGAGCGCGGCAGGCAAGAUCCUUCGCCGGCAACUGAGGGAACGUGCAAAAUUAGAAUUCGCAUCUGCCAAAGCGGCAAAAGCGAAGUUGUAAAUAUUAGUGUACUUGUCUUACGUGCUGUACAGUCGCAAUUUUUUCUGUAUUUCUGAACCCUGGCAAGCACCGUGUUCGUCGGGCGUGAGCUCAUGACUUAUGAGGUGGCAGUAACAAUCACGUGGGGUAAGACGCCGGAUACGCUGCUGGAAGAAAACGAAAGAGGAAGAGAUCCUCGACCCUCGCUCCGCCUUCGUUGUCGGGGACAGUCUGCCCACCCAGCUCUCGUUCUUCUUCCUCGUCUUCUCACCUCUUCACUUCCCCACCAUGGCCUCUCUCCUCGAACGCAUGAACAUCGACACCACAGGCUCUGUAGGACCUGUGCGCAACAAGUCUAACCGUGGAGGAGCAUCCCCAUAUAACCGCAGCUCCCGCCUGCCCAAGGGAGACGUCAAUGGCACCUGGCAACACGACCUCUAUGCCACGCACAACUCGCUCAGCGCUCGCCUGGGCAACAAGGAGCGGCCGCCGAAGAUGAACAUGUCGAUGGCGGAGCGUGCGCUCGCGGAGGCGGCAGGCGAGAAGGGCAUUUCGAUCAAGGGCGCGAGCUCGCGCGGCAACGUCGUCGAGGUCGGCGGGCUCGCCGACGGCACAACGUCCGAGGACGUCGAGGCCAUCUUCAAGCGAUGCGGGCCCGUCACCACGCACAAGACGGUCAAGCUGAGCCCGGUCGUCGUGCGUCUCGUCUUCAAGAAUGAGAAAGACGCCCAGGCGGCCGUGUCCAAGUUUCACGGCCAGCCCGCGGACGGCCGCAUCCUAUCGGUGAAGGUCGUCGGAGGCUCGAACGCCUCCCUGGCCGGACGCCUCAGUGCGGCUGCUAUGGACAACAGUGACAGUGUGGACGUGUUGAUGGACGAUUCUGGAUCCCCGGGCGGGUCGAAGCUACGCUCGGACGAGAUCCUCGCCAAAGACUCCCGCGCCGCGGUUCUGGUCGCACCUCCGGGUGCCGACCCCCGCGAGUACACAUCGCACCCUACGCGCGGCCGUGGUCGUGGUCGUGGCCGCGGAGGCAGGAGGCGUGGCGGCGGCGGCGCCAGGAUGGACAUUGACUCGUAGGCACACUCCCUAUUCCCUUCUCAGCUCUCCAUAAAGGUUCUCUUCGCUUGCCUCCCCCCGCUACAACUAUUGUGUGCCUGUGUAUAACGAAUGGUACUCAUGCCAUGUGUUUUCAGUCUGGUUCUCUGCAAAACUAGUCCGCGCUGUCUGUUCUUGCUUCCAUCAUGUAGUCUACGUCACCCCUACUUCUUGCGUCGCGUUUCGAAUAUUAUACCAGUUCCCCGCUC